AACCGCUCCAUAACCUUCCCAGGUACCGAGGUCAAACUGACUUGACAGGCCUGUAGUUACCUGGAUCCCCCUUCUGGGCCUUCUCGUAGCUGGGUGUCACACUUACUAACCUCCAGGCAGCUGGGACAUCCCCGAUUAGACAGAACUUCUGAUAAAUCAUGGAAACUGUCUUGGUCCAGCAGCUCCCUCUGUAUGCUUGGGUGGAUUCCGUCCAGCCACAUAGACUUGUGUGUCUCUAAGUGGUGUAGCAGGUCACUAACCAUUUCCUCAUGGACUGUGGGGGCUUCAUUCUGCUUCCUGGCUUCCAGCUCAGCGGUCUGGGUACUCGGAGAACAAUUGGUCUUACUAUUAAAGAUGGAUGCAAAGAAGUCAUUAAGUACCUCAGCCUUUGCCUGAUACUUUGUCGCUACGUUUCCCCCUGGAUCCAAUAAAGGGUAGAGAUAAUGCUGUGUCUGGAAAAUGGAGAAGACUUUGAGCAGAAUUCAUCCAGUUUCUGAUCCAGAAGCAACGUAUUUUCUACAAGUGUCAUGGGAAAAAGAUUUAGGCACUGGCUUUGGUAUAAUACUUAGUGAUGGUCAGUGUGCAUGGACUGGGACAGUGUCUGAAGCUGAAAUUUCUAGGGAGGCUGCUGACAUGGAAAUGAGUAGAGAAAAGUAUGUUGAAGAACUGAAGAAAGCAUUGAUUGCUGGAGAAGAGUCAGCUGGCAAAUAUAACUUUGCUAUUUCAAGAGAUGAAGAAAAUAUGGAGUGUCUCUUCUCCUAUGAAAGAAAUCUGAAAGAUGGCUCUUUUAGACUUGGAUCUCUGAAGCUACAGAAAGUUUCAAGCCCAGCAGAGGUGGUUAAGGAGCUGAUUGGUUACUGCCUAGACUGCCUGGGAAGACUGCAGGCGAAAAAUGAGCACCUGCAAAAAGAGAAUGAAAGGCUUUUCAGUGACUGGAGUGACGUGGAGAAGCGGCUGGAAAAAUGUGUGGAAGCUAAAGAAGAACUAGAGGCAGAUCUUUAUAACCGGUUUAUUUUGGUGCUCAAUGAAAAGAAGGCAAAGAUAAGAAACUUACAGAAGUUGUUGAAUGAAGCUAAAGAAUCUGCAGCAGAUGCCAAAUGUACAAGGGAUAGUAUAAAUACCACUCAGAUGGCUACAGGGAGAGAAAAUGACUAUGAUGGCAGCACUGAGGAGGAAAGUGAAAAUUUAACAUGGGCCUCAUUACCGUCAGCACCAGAACAAAGGGAUUCCCUUCUGGGUAGCCCAGAUGUCAUUGAUACCGCUCCAAGAAGAAAGCGAAGACAAAGGACAGCAAAGCCUGCUGGGACAGGAGCUAAGAUGGCUACUUAUGAGACAGAACUGCCAGCCAAGGAAAAACCUGAUCUGGCCUCAGAGAGGGCAUCGGGCAAGCAUUCCCCAGAUGUGAUGUCUCUCGAAACACUGGAAAACACCUGUAAGCUGGAGGACCUCUUUGAUGACAUCUAGCUAUGUGAGGGCUGAGAAAUUGAGAGAUUGGUGCUUCUAAUGGAGAUAAGCAAUAAAAUAUUACGAUACUGAGCAAAAUCUUUACUCUAUGAUAGUAUUCGAUGGCAUAUUGCUCUAAUCCUCUUGCGCUGCGCUUGCCCCAUUCGUCAGUACGCGAUUGUAGACCCU